CCGCAACGGCCGUUGAGCUACCGGGGAUCUCGGACCGACGCCUGCCCCACAGAGACCUGCAUCUCGGCUCUCUCGCCGCCUCCGAAUCCAAUCUUCUCUGACCGAGUCUCAUUUGCUGUCGCCAUGACGCUCUCCUCGCAGCCCCUCGUAUACGCAUCGGUGCCCCUCCGGCUGGGGCCGAUUGCAAAGGUGCUGCCGCUGUCGCCGACUCACAUCCUGCCGACAUGCCCGAUGGUUGUCCUUGCCAAGGAGAGCCAGCUGCAGUUGGCCCUCAUCGACCUGCAGAAGGGCACAAGUGUGCUGCUCGCCUCCCAGUAUAUCUUUGGCUCCAUCAAGGACAUUCAGAUCUGCCAUCGCCAGACUCAUGGCUCGCCCGGUGUCGUCACCUCGGCCGACCCCGGAUGCAAGCUUGGUCCCGUCUGUCCAGCUACCCACCCGACCGAUGUCCUUCAUCCAGAGAGAGCCUUCUACUCGACGGUCCUCGUCGCCACCUCGGAUUCAGGGCAGCUCAGUUUCAUCGGGAUUGCGCAUCUCGAGCAGAGCCAGUAUCGAUUCGUCCCUCUUCACCAUUACAGCAUCGCAUCCCCGAACGCAAACUACAUGGAGCUGGGCCACCUGGUCUGCGCUGACCCCUUCUUUCGCUCGGUAGCCGUGACCUCGGUUCAAAACUCGUUCGAUGUGCUGGUGUUUUCCCCACAGCUCUAUCAAGGAUCGAGCUUUUGGAACGAGGCCCAGCACCUCAAAAUCGACGAGCCUGGCGUGAUCUUGCAUGCCUCGUUCUUGUCUCCGCCAUCCGAGAACGACCGGAUCCUGCUGGUGCUCUCGUUAUGCCGAAGCCAAAGGUUUUACAUUGUCGUAUAUGAGUAUUGGCAAGUCGAGCCUCGCAACACAAUGAGACGGAUCGCAGAGAUCCCACACACCUCGACUUCCAACGAGAGCUGUACUCCACUUCAUUUGCUCUCACUCCCGGAUAUCCCGUGCGGAUUUGCUCUGAUAACGGAGACCGAGCUUGUCGUCUACCGGAUCCUGGGCGGGUCCAGCAAAUCGGCUCGCGUGAUGGGAGUCGCUCGGAUAUCUAUCGCAGACAAGCUCGACCUGAAUCCCCCGAUAAUCGAAAGUAACUACUGCGUAUCGGCGGCCGUGGCCUCCUUUUGCACCACGAGGUCUCAAGCAGUUGUCGCUUCGGACGGUCCUCUGGAGCAAUCCAUCUACGCGACCAUUUCAGCACCUAUCAGCAACGAAUCACAUUUAUACCAUAUCCGAUGUGUAAUCAAAGACCGGGUCGCGCCCCUGGUCGAAUUUGGACACCGGCUCCAAGUGCCGUCGGUGAAGGCCAUUUCGCCCGUUCUAGGCGUCGCUCCAGAUGGCCACGGGCACUAUCUAAUGCUCGUUGGGGAUAUGCGCAACAGCAGCGUCAUAUAUACCAGUCCAACCACGACAUAUGAGGUACAAACCGUCUACGAUUGGUCGCCCAUCACCGACUUUGGCCUUGCCGAUCUCCACAAAGAAGGCCGCGACUCGGUUUUUCUAUCCAGCGGCAUCAACUCCAAUGGCGCUGUGUUUGCAGCUCGGAACGGAAUCGAGCUGAUCACCGAAUACUCCACCAGCAUGCUGAACGGGAUGAUUGACAUGUGGAACCUCAAGUCCGAUCCUCGUCAGCCAAAGGACGAUGUCUUGGUUGUCUCGUCCAUCAGCGCAACGCGAGUCCUCCAUUUGAAUGAGUCGGAGCUAGUCGAUAUCAGCGCAUUCCUUGGCUUCGAGCUGGAGAAGCGAACUGUCUUGGCAAGUCACACGGAAACCCCCGGCGUCUUUGUCCAAGCCCACACAGAUGGUGUUGUGGUAUCCAAGAGUGCCCUCCCGGGCGAUUCGUGGUCUGGGACAGGCGAAGCAGAAGUCUGGGAUACUGCUUCGGUCGGAGGCGGAACGAUCGUUCAGGCUGCCAUAUUCGACGACCUGCUCAUCGUUGUCACGAGGAAUGGGCAAACGUACCACAAAACACUUUUGAAAAUCAUGGCCGAUAGCGGGGAUGGCCCGCCCUCCAUCAUCGACAUGGUCCACGAGCCGCUUGAAUGCGAGCCGAGUUGCUUGAUCACGCUCCCGACGCUGUCUAACGAGCUCCGGAGGACAUAUUUACCGGCAAAUAUCGUCAUCAUGGGAACACACGCACCUGGCCUGGAGUUGAUGUAUCUGGAUGGAUAUGGUGACUACCGGCGAUUGGAGUGCUUCCAUCGCGAGCGAUUAGCAAGCGCAGCUCUUGGAUAUGAGACGCCAAACAGCAUUGCAUUCUUGGCGAACGGCCAGAAGGCGUAUUUGCUCGUCAGCAACCGUGCCGGGCAGUUCUAUGCGUAUCCGUGGACCCUAGUUGAGGGCCGGAGGGUUGUGCUGCAGCAGCCCGUCUGUCAUAAGAUUGGGCAUCGGGCCAUUACCUUCAAGACACGGAUGCGAUGGAGCCACUCAGCACCGUUUGAGUCUGAAGCAGCGUCGUGCGACUUUGUUUUGGCGGCAACCGAUCGAGUCUGGAAAAUCGGCCUCUCAUCCGAGGGAGAUGUCUAUGUGAAGCUACUGUCGUGCGAUCCGGUACGACGCAAGAACUGCCGGCAGUACAUGUUCUGUGCCCCAAACGGCAGCACUGUGCCGGCCGGGCAUCGAGCCAGCGAAUCUGUUGGCGGAGGUGACGGAAGCAUAGGGCUGUAGUACUGCAAGGCCAAGUCGGCUCCGCGUUUUUGCAAGUGGGCUGUGCGGCUUCGAUGCGGCGAUCCAGGGGCACCACAUUCACACUCCCUGAUCCCUCUAGGUUCUCAAUGUUGCAGCCUUUGACCACGAUGGCAGUCACAAUGCAUACAUGGCCAUCCGCCCAGACCGGACCGCGCUCAUUAGGAUUGACGAAAGGGGCACUCGUAUCCGUCGAGUAUCGGAGCUGGAUGGGAUGGCUCGCCGAAUCAUGUUCGACUCGACGACGGGCAAGCUGAUUGCUCUGACCA